AUGUACAAAGAAGAUCAUGAACGAGAAAGGGUUCGGUGGCAACAGAAGCUUGAUGAUGCAGAAACUCGUCUAUCAGAUGCAGAAAUUAUUAUUUCUGAAAUGAAUCAGCUUAAAGCAGAACUGAACAAAAAAAUUGUUGAAAUGGAACGAAAUCAAAAACCCCUUAUUGAGCAAAACCGUCGUUUGGCUGAAAGAAAUCGUUUACUACAAAAUGAGAUAAAGAAAGGCGAACAAAAGCUAUGCCAUUCACAAGACGGAUUUCUAACACUGAAAGGUAACUACGAAAAGUUGAUGAAAGAAAAUUCGGCAUUAAAAGAAAAGAGAGCAUCACCAGAAAAAUUGGAAGAACUUGACCGUUACAGAAAUCAGGUGUUAGAAUGUUCCAAAUGUAUUACUGCAUUACGCCAAUCCAGUUUGGAAAAAGAUCGUCGCUACGAUUUAUUAUUACAAAAAUUCAAGAGGAUACGUAAAUGUAUACUACAGCGAAAAAAUGGCGAAACAGACGAAGACGUUUUUUCCUCAUUUGGUGGUUCUGAUUGCUCCUGGGACAGCACAAUUUCAUUGAACACAAUUGCUGAAGACUUACGAGAGGUAACUGCUGCUUAA